AUGCUCCUUGUUAUGUGGCCUGUCGUAUGGUUGUGCUAUCUUCUAGUCUUGCCGUCUUCCGCGCUCCUCGAAGUCUCUCAAGUGUACCAUCCGCUUUCUGCUAAGGCCCUCAACGAGUCGCUUUGCAAUGAGAGUGUUCUGCUGAUGAACCAUGUAUUUGGGUUCAGCUACGGCCAUCCGUUUGUCGGGUUUUAUAAGCCGCCGAGUUGCAGCUUUGAUACAGUUCGAGUUAAUCUUACUGUCACGUCUAGAGGAAGGCAAUUUGACCGACUAGGACAUAUGUACCUCGGCGACAUUGAAAUAUUCCGAACAUCGACCGCUGAGCCCACGACGAAUGGUGUAGUUUGGUCUUAUAUAAAAGAUAUGUCGCAAUAUAAUGUGUUGUGGAAAGAACACCAAAAGAUCAUAUUCGAGUUAGGAAAUUUGGUCAACGAUAUUUACACUGGCUCUUUCAAUGUGACAGUCAUGGCAUAUUUCUCGCACGAAGAAAAUGUCAAGACUGCAGAUAUUGUUCUUCCAAUAUCAGCGCAAAAAUCGGCGCGCAACUCAUCCAGUGCCUUCAAUGUCCCUUCGCAGGAAGCGAAGGUAUCUUAUAAGCUUAACCCCCAAGUUUCUCGUGCUAUUGUAUCAGUUUCGGCAUGUGGACAAUCUACAGAAGAAUUUUGGUGGUCCAAUGUAUUUUCGUCCGACACAGACACAUUUGACAAUGGUCUUGAUGAGCUCUACGGAUAUUCCCCGUUCCGUGAAAUCCAGCUUUACAUCGAUGGGACUCUUGCCGGCGUCGUUUGGCCUUUCCCAAUUAUAUUUACUGGAGGUGUGUCUCCCGGAUUUUGGCGGCCGAUAGUUGGAACCGAUGCAUUUGAUUUAAGGGCGCCCGAAAUCGAUAUCACGCCUUUCUUGCCUCUCCUUACAGAUGGCUUUUACCAUUCCUUCGAAUUCAAGGUCGUGGGGCUAGAUGUUUCUGAUAACGGAACUGCUACAAUCUCCAGUAUCAUUGGCCCCUACUGGGUUGUCUCGGGAAAUAUUUUUCUUUACCUAUCCAACAAUUCUGUUGCGCAGCCACCUAUUUAUGCCACCCCCAGCCAAGAGCCCGAAAUCAUAGCACCGGCGCCUACCUUUACCAUUACAAGGGAGCUCGAACAAAAUAGCACCGGUGGAAAUGUGUCACUGAAAUACUCGGUAGUGGCGGAAAGGGACAUCACGAUAAAAUCUUCUGGCUUUUUGUGGAAGCAAAGUCUUUCAUUCUCCAAUACUGGGUUGUUUAAUCAGCAGGGCCGAAUCCAGAAGACACUGCAGCAUACAUCGGGGUCUGCUUUAUCUGGAUAUUUUGGAGACGAAAAUAGCAUUAAUGAGCUCAGCUUUGAAUAUCCACUGCUUGUGAACACUGCCUACCGAGACAUCAAUGGUGGGCUUGCGAUCGAUGCCUGGAUGAGGAGGGGACUCGAAAUCAACUCAAGUGGGAUGCCCGGCAUUUCCACUUACACGCUGACUUCCGGACCAUUGCAUUUACAUACUGCCCAAUGGGGCAAAUCAUCCUAUCGGUCGGCCGCAGGCAACAGGAACUCUACGUCAUUCGGCGACACCAGUGAUAUAUUUGAAAGUGACGCCGGAGGAGUGGUAUAUCAACGGUUUGUACAUGCCAUCAAUGGCAGUAUUGUGUCAGAUAAGGGAAAUCGCAUAGAAGAUUGA